AUGCGAGUGUCAGGUUGUCUCUUUUUCAUAUGUUACUUCUCUCUCAGUCUCUUUGGCCACACCACACUUGCAAGUCACCCUCAAUCCCAUAACAACUUCAAUAACCAAACAACGGUAAACAUGGGGAACUCCACCCGGCAAAAACGAGUCCUGUGUGGUUAUGGCAUCGAUUUGGAUGCUGUCAGUGCUUGGGCCAACACGGGGGAUGGAACCUCCGCCAACCCGAGCGAUGUCUCUCGAGGGAUUUAUGGUGCGACGGUCGGAGUUGAUCGUCUCCUAUCUUUCCUCGACAAACACCACAUUAAGGCGACAUGGUUCGUGCCGACACACUCGUUACACUCUUUUCCAAAACAAGUGACGAAGAUCCGGGAUGGAGGCCACGAAAUGCAAGUACCCAGCCUAUCAUUCUUUGGGCUCCAUGGCUACACCCAUGAACACAUGAGUGCAUUGAAUGCUACCCAGGAAGAAGAUGUCCUGUCCCGAUCAUUCGACGAACUCAGCAAGUUCCUCGGGAAAGCACCCAGUGGAUGGACCGCACCGGGGUGGAAACCCUCAUCCCAAACCGUACAGUUACUUGAAAAGUACGGCAUCAAAUACGACCACUCUUUCAUGCAUCACGACUCGCAGAUGUACAGGCUACCGUAUGCCCCAACUUUAAAAGCCACAGACGUGACCAAAUCCCCGUCUACAUGGAUGCAACCAAUGAGCAAACUGCACGCAUCCAGCAUCGUUGAGAUUCCGGCAAACUGGCAACUAGAUGAUUGGCCUGCGUUUAAUGUGGGAAACGGUGGAAAUGGGUUCAUUGACCCUGAUGUCAUCUUCAAACUUUGGACUGAGCAGUUUGAUUUCUACUACCAGGAGUAUGACUCUUUCGUGUUUCCGAUCACCGUCCAUCCUCAGGUCAGUGGAAAGCCACACGUGCUACGCAUGCACGAGAGACUGGUCAAACACAUCAAUUCGCACGAAGGGGUGGAAUGGAUGACCAUGGAUGAAAUGUCGGAUCAAUAUAAUUCGGGCCAAAUAUCGGGCCAUGUGGUAGAGGGUGGUGUAGAUCUAUAG